AUCAGUGGUCGUGGUGAUGACAACGAAAUGUUUUGAUUUUGGCCAGUUCUAAUUAGCGAUUAUAAAUUAUUAAAUAUUAUUUAUAUUGUUUGUAUGAUAAGAUGACCAAUUUAUUUGUUAUUUCCACUUCCUUAUGCAUUUUUGCAUACGUAAUUCCUUCUGUUAUUAAAUACAUCGUGGGAUGGUUCUUCUCAGAAUCGAGGGAGGAGCAGAAUGUGCGAAAGGAAAUACUCAGGUUGGAGCAGGAGAUGUCGAACAUUCCGAUGGUCGAUGAAUUUGCGAGGUACACGAAAAUCCAGAGGAAACACACGAAACUUAGAGAGAAUUUUAAAAAUCAAGUGGCUGCCAGAAUGUCUGCGAGAGCGAAAACUCAACUGUUUUUCACUUAUUCAGCUCGAGUUUUCAAUGGACUAGUAAUGGUCAUAAUGAUGAAAUUAUAUCGAAGUGAGCCUGUGAUGAUUCUGCCAAAGGGAGUCCUCUGGCCCCUGGACAAGAUCCUCAGCUGGCCAAGCACCUACGAGGACUCGAUCUCCCUCGCCAUGUGGACGGCCAUCACGACACUCGUUAGCAAAACCACCUAACAAUCCUGUACACUCCCCCAAAAAAAAAUAAAACACUGAAAAAAACUCAGAACUCGUUUCACUCC